CACCACGCGGAGGCCCAACAAGCGCUGGAGGACAUUCAAGACCGCCACAAAGACCUCAUCAAACUAGAGAAGUCCAUUCGUGAGUUACACGAACUGUUUGUAGACAUGGCCAUUCUGGUAGAGCAGCAAGGAGAGAUGGUCGACCGCAUUGAGUUCAACGUCACACAAAGCACAGACUAUGUGGAGCAGGCGGUGGUGGAGCUUAAGGAGGCGCAGCAGUACCAAAGCUCAGCCCGCAAAAAGCAAAUCAUCUUUGCAUCGAUUGUGAUUGUCAUCAUCGUCAUCAUUGUGAUCAUCCUGAUUCUGCAAUUCAAAUAAGUGAUCUCAGGGGGCCCACAGCCACGGACGGCCGACAUCUGAGGGAUAUCCUUGAACGAUACAGCGACACACCUUACGUAGUAUAAAGUACCUUUCUAUCCG